AACAUUCCUCCCGUCGAGCAGUUUAAUUCGAGCAGUGAAACCGUGCGGACGUGUUGUGUGUUGUUGUUGCGGCAUUUCACAGUGUGAAGUAGUAGCGAAUGUUGUGCGGUGGCUGAUCGUUGGCGUUGUGUGUCUCUGCUGUAUAUCAUCCGUGCCUACACGAGUGCGUGUGUGUGUGUAUGUGUGUACGUGUAUAUGUGUAACCGGCCGGGGAUUUCGAGUGCGGUGCGUUUAAGUUUUUUCGGUUCGUGGGUUUUUAGUUUUACGAUCACCGUCCGGAGACACCAUCUGUUCCGGAGCUGAAGGUGAUUCCUUGGGUUUGUGGAAGAUUAGUAGCAGAAGAAAAAUAAAACGAACAACAACGAUCCAUCGACCGGAAUUACAAGACACACCCCUCUUGCUCGCGGUCGUACGGUAUCGGAAGCGGAACAUUUGUUCCCCCCCCCCCCUGCAUCGCGUCAACCGGCACCCGGUGACGACUGUUCCGCCGAUCCGAACCCGUCCAGCAAAAACCGCCCAGAGAGCCGUGGGGAGAAAGAGCGUGUACGAGCAGGAGGCGCGCGAAACGUCAUCCCGUCGAAACGGAAAGAGCAACAGCAAGGCAGGAGAAGGCAGGCCGGAAACCGGCUUGGCACAAGCGAGACACAGCCGCUGCGACAAGACCGCCCGGGCAACCACCACCAGCGGGGGUACCAUUUUCCGGAGGGAGUGCGUCCAACAGCCAAUGGUUUAAAUGGACGCUACAUCCAUCAUUACGCAGGUGUCGCGGGAUGACGAACAGCAACUGAACAGCAGCUAUCCGAACGAAAAAGUCAACAAUGUAGAUAGGCUAAAACCGCCCAAUCGUGGUUUCCUGGAGACGCUCUUCUGCUGCUGGCGGAAUGGGCGAACGAAAAGCAAUCAGAGCGGGACGCCGAUCGAUGGUUCGAUUACGCCACCUCCGAUCCAGGGCCAGCCCCGGUAUCUGCUGCCCCAGGUCCGACCUUCCGACACGUACAAGAAGUGCAUGGUGAUAGACUUAGAUGAAACCCUAGUGCAUAGCAGUUUUAAGCCAAUUCCAAACGCGGAUUUCAUAGUGCCAGUGGAAAUCGACGGUACCGUACAUCAGGUGUACGUCCUGAAGCGGCCGCACGUCGACGAGUUCCUGAAGAAGAUGGGCGAGCUGUACGAGUGCGUCCUGUUUACGGCCUCGCUGGCCAAGUACGCCGAUCCGGUGGCCGAUCUGCUCGACCAGUGGAACGUGUUUCGGGCGCGAUUAUUUAGGGAAUCUUGCGUCUUCCACAUGGGCAACUAUGUGAAGGAUCUGAACAAGCUAGGGAGAGAUUUACAGAAGAUUGUUAUUGUUGACAACUCGCCCGCCAGCUACAUAUUUCACCCGGAUAACGCUGUGCCAGUGAAGUCAUGGUUUGACGAUAUCAACGACUCAGAGCUGCUCGACCUGAUACCACUGUUCGAGAAGCUGAGCAAGGUCGACUCUGUAUAUAGCGUACUGUGCAACUCGAGCUCACUGUCCCAGCUGCCGACGUCCAUGUCGCACCAGAAUCAGCAGGAGCUGCAACAGUCACAGCAGCAGCAACAGCAGCAGCAACAACUACAGUCGAAUUCGUCCGAUUCGAACAAUACGUAACAUUGGCAACAAAUGUUUAUCAACAUCGUAUGAUUCGUGCACGAUGCUGCCGGCCGGUACAGUGAACGCAGGAUAAAGGAUUAGAAGAGGAGCCAGGGGGUCAGUGGUAUAGGAGCAGAAGAAAAUGGAAGGAGGAUAUACGUUUUCAAUCGGCCACGGGAGCACCGAUGUGUGUGUGUGUGUCAUCCUCCAGCGGUUAAUGCAUGCGUUCCGUAUUUCUUUCCCCCCUCCGGAAAGGGGAGAAAACACGCAAACAAACUAAACGAUAUAUGCAGCAAUCGUUUCGAUUGAUGGAUAGGGAAAUUUCACACGAGGACGACGAUGGAUGGACGAUUAAACAAUAUACACACACACACACGCGCGCGCGUAGUCGCUGGGACAGGAAGGAGAGCAGUUGAUCGUUGAUUAACUUUGUUAUUCUUUUUUAAUAUUAUUAAUAAUAAUAUAAUUUGGUACUAUACAAACACAUAGUGCUUCAGGACACUCCAACAAAACAAACACACAGACACAGAAUAACCUGUAAAAGCAAAACUAUUUUACAGACACCAUCACGUUCUCACAGUUCAGUACCCACAAACCCUAGGCAAUACUAUUUUAAAAGCCCUUUCCCCUACUGUUUUGUUUAUCAAUUCAAAUCUGGCACUGUGGUUUGCAAGUGGAGCCCCGGAAGAUUGUGCAUGUUUCCUUUAAACUCUACUACUCUAUAAAAGGCAAGGAGAGCGUUUCGUUCCUAGAGCGGCUCUCUCUCUCCUUCCACAACACGACACAAACACACACACACGUAUGGUUGCAAUAAGAAACGUUUUUUGUUUGUUUUAAUUUUAUUAUUUUAUUGUCCCCAUCCAUGGUAAUAAUAUAAAUCAUCGUUUUGUACACGCUAAACUGUGUAUGUAUGAUACGAUCGAGGAAUGAAUUAGCAGAUUAGUAUGUAAUAAAUUUGUAAUCGCGUAAGGCAAACGCAAAACGACAGCAGCCACAAAACACAGUGUACACAACACAAAACGUAUUAAACACACACACGAUAGAAACGUGCGCAGCCGACCACACCAUGUACACCCAUCCAUGUAGAAGAAGCAUUAGGCAAAAGGCGAAGGCAUCGUACGAUUUUAUAGUUCAAUACUUUAGCUUUUUACCGACGAUCAAAUACACGCGCAGAGAGAGACAGAGAGAACGCGCAAGAGCCUGUGCAAAGGUGGUGCAUCAUUUUGGCUCGAAGAUUUAUAUAUGUAUACACAUUAAAAGGUGAAAAAACACACACACACAAUGGGGAGAGAUUUUGCAGCCAUUCUAGACCGUGGCCGUGAGACGAAUUGAUCAUAAUCAUAGCGAGAACGAGCGGACAAAAAGAGGAUAAAAAUUACCGUAGCUGAGUAGUGAUGAAAAAGGUGACACCGUGUACAAUUUUGUAUUUCAAAAAUGAAGUAAGAAGCAAAUUAUUAGUGUUUCUAUCUAGAAAAGGAAAACAAAAUGGAGGCAUAUUUAGUAGAACGACACAAAUAGAAGAAAAACGGAACAAAACUCUAUCAAAUCAAUCAAGAACAACACAACCAGCGUAGCAGAAAGUGGAAAGUGGCGGGUAAAAAGAAAGCUGGAAACGCAGCCGGAAAAAGAGAAGAUGUCCGCAAGUGAGCGUUCUAAAACCAAACUAUAGCUGUACAGUUUUAUAUUGCGAAGGAAAUGCUUCAAAAAUGAAAAAAAUGCCAUUUACCCGUUAGAACGAGAACCGAAAAGAUGUAGAAAGGUAAAAAGAGAAAAGAGAGUAAGGAAUUGACAAAAAAAGUGGAAUUUGAGAGCUCUAGAGAACUUCUGCAGCGAGGAAUCAGUCAUAUCGGAUAGAUGCUUUCGCGAUCGCCAAAAUUGAUGCGGGCAAGUAGAAAGCAACACUAUUUGUUUGUCUAUGGUACCUUUUCUUUUUGGAUUUUGCUUGUGCGACACUCCCUUGACCCUUUCUUAUGGGUAGAUGACUUCAUAUGUUGGGAAUCGGACUCUAUGGCAUUCUUUUUGGACAAACUGCUUGGAAAUUCCUGGUAGAUUUCACCACAAGGGUGCUAUAGAGUCCAACUCCCAUGUCGUACAGUUAUUUUCCUGUAAGAAAGAUUUAAUCAAAUGUCUCACUCCUAUGAGAAUUCCUGAAAACCCCGUAUGUAAGGACAUAUCAAAUUUUGUAUGUGUCUUUUUUCUCAUUUCAUGAAAAGCCUGUUUUAUACUACUGUUCUGGCUUUUCAUUGGCCUUUUUCUUUGAUACUUUUGCAUAGGCCCUGUUACUGGUCGUCCUGAUGCCAUGUUGUGGUACAUUUAUUUUUGAUGUAAAGGUUGUUUCGAUACUAUUUUACCGACUUUAGCAAACCAAGAGAGUGUUCUAACACAGGGUUAUUGCAUACUACAAAUAGCAAAGGCAUAUUUCACUAUCAUACUUAGGGGUACUACCUAGCUUUCUUGAUCGGUGGACCACCCUUUGGCAGAAAUCCUCUUGUUUUUUGACUGCAAGACUGAAAAACGUUGGCGUGCUGAGAAUAGAAAAAAAAAACAGAAAGUAAUGCACCUAUUUUCGACAUCAUGUGUAGCAUUCAAGGAAGCUAAAACUGAACAUAGAACCAUUUACACAAAGAGAACAAAAAAGAAACACACUGAAAGGGAAUACAAUUAUGUACACCUACCUCUAAGCUCUAAACUAAAUUACUGCAACUAUUACUAUCACAAUGCGCCCCACAUUUAAAAAAAAAACUAUGAGCCUUUUUUGUUUCCGUUACGGGCAUUAUAGGGUUUUUAAGGAGUUUGCAUAGCUGUAGGACACUUUAUUGACUCUUUCCAUUGAUGAAAUUAACUUAAUGUAAUGAGAAUUGCACUCUAUAGCACCCUGUUUGCACAAAUCUAACAGGAAUUUCAAACAAGCCUGUCUGAUUUCCAGUUAGAGUCCAAUUUCAAUCGCAAUAAGUUCACUUCCCAUAAGAAAGAGUCAAGCAAGUGUCCCACAACUAUGAGAACCCCUGGAAAACCCUGUACUUACUGCUGGAUGCUUCUGUACAUACUAAUCCCGGUAACACAAACAAACAAAACAGAAACCCAUUGCCUUGCACCUUUGCUAACGCUUUUAAACAUUUCCGGUCGAGUUUUGCUCUUUUACGCAUGCCAGGAAAUAUAAAACUCACUUGCUACUGCACCUUUCUUUUUUGUUGUUUUGCCUACAGCGCUUCAGCUUUUUCCGCAAAGUUUCUUGGUUCCGUCUGGAGCGUGAAGAAAGGAGUUUGCGCAAAAAAAAAACAUUGUUGCCGAAAAGAACCACCCAGUACAUAGGAAUUGGAAAAAUAGGAGAGUUUUAGUUUUAUUUAUAUAGAACGAAGCGAAACCAACUCACGCUUGAACAGGAAAACAAAACAAAAAAUGAGACAAAACAUGGUAAAAAAAGCUUAGCCGCAAGCGUAGGGAAGAUGCAGUGAAACAAAUCCUACUAACUCCGGAUACAAUAUGGAGAAUAAUAUUUUUGUAUACACGUGUACUUCAGCAGUUCGGCGCAAAUCCAGCAUUUGGGCGGGGAGGGUUUUGAUACGCAGGAAAUACCGACAGAUCCAGAUCCGUUUCGCAUACGCGUAAUGUUUGGCCAUAUAAAAACAAGCUUAGUCGAAUUAUAUGUAAAUUCAAGCGCCUCUUUCCCUCGUAUCACUGUAUCACCAACGUCCAUGGUACUCUUUACAGGGUAGGAAUGAUGUAAAGACAGUCAGUCAGUCUUGAAGGAAGAGCUGCACACCUCACCUAGAAGAAGAAAAAAAAGAACAGGGACCCACAGAAACGAACAAUUUCGUCUUAAAGCUCAGUCAUAUGGACCUCUGUGUGCGUGUGUGUGUGUGUAUGGGCGCGAGUUUUAAAUCAGACGACACAUGAUGAUCGGCAUGAGACUAGUCCCCUUCUCACCUUCUCUCCCUUGGAUAGCCAACCGGAGAGAUAAAUGGCCAGAAAUGAAAAAUGAAACGAAAACGGUGGAAUAUUAUACAAAGAAAUAUAGGGAAAAAAGGAGGAAAAAAAACAGCAAGCCCAAAAUUGUGUGUAGAAAAUCGAAAACCAUCCUAAGCUGUGUGUAUAUUGUAAAACACAAAGAACAAGUAACAAAAACAACAAUGUGCAUGUGUGUUUGUAACUCGCUGUAACAGAGGAAGCAAUGAAACAGCAAACAAACAAACAAACAAACAAACAAACAAACAAACAAGGAUCAGAAAAUGUGUGUACUGUAUAAACAAAAUAGUAAAAGCUAAAUAACAAACAAACAAACACAUGAAAGAUAAAAAUCAGACAGACAAUUGUAUCCCGAUGGAAAAAAGAGAAUGGACAACACAAAAAAGAUAUAAAAAAAAAACAAACAACCUGCUGUACGAUUAUAUUAUAUACACGUAACAAUAUAAAGAGAAAAACAAACACCAAAAAACACACACACAAUACACACCAGUGUGUGUGCGUGAGUGUGCGCGUUCGCGAAUGCAUGUGUUUUAUUCUACUUCCUUUAGCAAUUCACAUUCUUUUUUGUUCUACUUUUUGUGCGGUUUAUUUGUUUUUGUUUCUGUUUGUUUUUUGCGUUUCUAAGAUGCGCGUUCCACAAAAAGAAGAGAAAAUAUGUUGUUUGUUUAGUUUUAGUUUCUUUUUUUAUUUUGUUUUUAAAUGUUCACACUAGGAAAUGACCAUAAGACGUAUAAAGAAGAAAAAAAAAGAAACGAAGAAAGUUAAAGUAAUAUAGUAGCUUAGCCACAAAAAAAAGCAAGCGAGGAAAGUGUGUAAAACAACAGCGUGUGUGUAGCGUGCCUAGAGGUAGUAGGAAUAAAGCUUUCCUAUUUUUUAAAUAAACACAAGAAAAUGCAUAUUUAAUACAGCUUUUUGUUUACAAAAGCAUUGGUAGCAAGACGAAAAAACAGAAAAGAAACAGUGAAAUAAGUAACAGAGGAUCAAUCAUUUAAUUCAUCUUAAUUGCUUACCCUCUUCCUUCUAGUGUUGUUAUCUAAUGAUUACGAGUGAGCCUUUUCGAGAAGCGCCAUGUAAUGUUAUUUAACGCGUUUUGGGUUUGUUUUGUUUUUUCGUUUGUCACGGGAAAAAGUAUAAAUAUUUACUCCCUCUCCCCCACAGUCGAUUAUUCUAAUUAAUGAGCAAGUAGCGUUUUCGAUCCAUUAUGAAAGUGAGUUAGAUAGGUUAAGCGUGUGAAUCAUAUAAGGGCAGUAGGCGUCGAUUGCGAUGCUAUGAAGGAAAAGGACAUUUUCUUCCCUAACCCAAGCCUACUUCUGUUGCCAAGCACUAAUGCAGAACAACAGAAUGGUGAUGCUGACACACGUACACACACUUCUUUAGUCAUAUAAAACACACACACACACACGUACACACGCCAAACGCUACAUGAAAAGCGUAACAUAUGAGUUAUUUAUUUUGUUCAGUCAUUUUUGUUUAGUCACGUUGUUUUGAUCAAUUAAAACCGAAUCGAUAUUUGUUGGAUGCGUUUUUUUUUUGUUUUUUUUUUUUAAAUAUUUUGUGUUUGUUUAUCUUUUGUGUAAUUUACUUUAUAAAGUUUCACAUAAAUCAAAUUUAUGAAGAAAACAAAAAAACAGGCAUUUAUGUAUUUGCGCAGCACAAAAGAACAACACAUACACAAACACACGCAUAUUCAACAAAGAGAUGAAAACGAAAAGAAAAAUAAAACGAUUUUACAAACACAAUAAUGGGCAAACAGGAGAUAAAACAGCUCAACAGAAAGCAGAACAUCUCUACAAGCCAUUCCAACAACAGCAAUGGGCAAAGUGGAGCAAAAUUCCCCUCCCCUGUGUUGGGGAUGGGGGGAGGAACAACUCAGUGGCACUGGCACAGACAGAAGAUUAUCAUGAAGCAUUAUUAGUUAACUUAUAGCAGCAAAACCGAGGAACUAUAUUUAGCGCGAGCAAAGUGUGUGAAGGGGCAUACGUAUUAAGAAGGUAACACAUACAACAACAAAAACAAUACAAAUCAGCACAGAAAAAAAAAAAUAAUAAGAUGCAUGAAUAGGGAAGAAGAUCCAAGCUGUUUCAGUCAGAAAUGCGAACGUCAGUGUUGGUAGGAAGUUAAACAGUGGAGAGAAGAAAAAAAAACAUUCACCAGAUGCUGAGAUGGCAAAACAAAAAGGCGGAAGUGAAAAAGUGAAAGUGGAAAACAGGAGGAUGAUUUAAUAAUAAUAUAUUGUCACAUUUCGUAAUCAA